CCUGCCAAGGAGCGCCUGCAAACGUGAGGUGGCUCUUUGACUGACGGGCGAACGCGCUUGCGGCAGGAAAACACACACUCGCCAGGGGGGGUCCUUCAAAAGAAGACGCUACUGAAGAAGAUCUGCGCCUCUGUUCCCUGUAGUUGCGCGAGGUUUGUUCUCGAUUCAUGGUGAAAGUGUUUGUUUGAGAGCGCGAUGUGAUUACAUUUGUGUGUGAGUAUUUAUUUUGUAGCACUGAGCGCACUGAAGUCUUGCUUCUGUUCAGUGUCAGUGUGUCAGUUGAUUAAAACAGUUAAAAAAGGGGAAAAGCAUCACCAGCAGACUGAAUGCAUUUUGCAGUUUGGAAUGGGGUUAACUGGACUAAUGCUGAGUUGCUCUGAGUAAGAAGCUGAAAUUUCGGGAGGAAAUGUGGCAAAGGAUUUAAUCUGCCGGACCUGGAGAAGUGCUGGAGUUCCACGGACGAUUGAUGCGUUUGAAGGCACGCUGAGGCGGCUUUUUACUUGCUGCUGCUGUAGUCGUCGUUGACUAAACACAGCUGAGGCACGGAUCAGCGCGCUUUCAUCCAGCGCUCGCUAACCCUUGCUUUUAUACUUCUUUUCUUCCUUCAUCCACUUAAUUUGGUCUUACCCAAGGCUGAGACUGGAGCAUCCGACUGAGAAAGCUCAACUUACAGUCCGUUAAGACUGAAGAUUUAGGGUGGAUCACUCCUGGAGAUCUGCAAACCUCCUCCAAACCACAGUUUUUGGUUUUCUUUUGCCUUCACCGGAUUUACCACAGCGUGUUUGAAAGAGAGAGAGAGAUCCUCUCCAUCCUUUUUUCCACCACUAUCGUGUCUGUCUUCCUCGUAGCUUUUGGACCUUUGAGUCUUAAGAGUUUUAGGACAGUGACACUACCCUUGCUUCUUAGUUUAGGAAUUUUGACUGAUUUCCCGACUUCCUCUCCUGACCACCCUGCAUCCUCCCGGUCAGGAUGCAGGUGUCCUUCGUGUGCACGGACCACCGGUCCAUGAGCCGCAGCACGGACGACAGACUCAACCGGCAGAACGCCAACAGCCCAAACACUGGCACCCGCAGCAAGUUCAGGGCCGUGGCCAUGGUGGCCCGCAGCCUCGGCCAGCUGUCCGUCCAGAGCGUGCCCUCCUCGAGUGACCAGAGCAUGAGGACCGGCAUGAAGUAUAGAAACCUUGGGAAGUCUGGACUGAGGGUGUCAUGCCUUGGGUUAGGAACAUGGGUGACGUUUGGUGGUCAAAUCACAGACGAGAUGGCCGAACAGCUGAUGACUCUGGCUUACGAGAACGGGAUCAAUCUGUUCGACACAGCCGAGGUCUACGCUGCAGGAAAAGCUGAGGUGGUGCUGGGCAAUAUCAUAAAAAAGAAAGGAUGGAGACGCUCAAGUUUAGUGAUCACUACAAAAAUAUUUUGGGGUGGAAAGGCGGAGACUGAAAGAGGCCUGUCUCGAAAGCACAUUAUAGAAGGUUUAAAAGCUUCACUGGAGAGAUUGCAGUUAGAAUAUGUGGACGUGGUGUUUGCCAACAGACCAGACCCAAACACGCCUAUGGAAGAGACGGUACGAGCAAUGACCCACGUGAUCAAUCAGGGAAUGGCCAUGUACUGGGGCACGUCCCGCUGGAGUCCUAUGGAGAUAAUGGAAGCAUAUUCUGUGGCACGGCAGUUUAACCAGAUUCCUCCAAUCUGCGAGCAGGCGGAGUAUCACAUGUUCCAGAGAGAGAAGGUGGAAGUGCAGCUGCCUGAGCUCUUUCAUAAGAUAGGUGUAGGAGCAAUGACAUGGUCCCCGCUGGCCUGUGGGAUCAUCUCAGGGAAAUACGACAGCGGGGUGCCUCCGUACUCCCGCGCCUCUCUCAAGGGCUACCAGUGGUUGAAGGACAAGAUCUUGAGCGAGGAGGGCCGGCGUCAGCAGACGAAGCUGAAAGAGCUGCAGGCAAUCGCCGAGCGGCUGGGCUGCACACUGCCACAGCUAGCCAUCGCGUGGUGCCUAAGGAAUGAAGGAGUCAGCUCGGUGCUCUUAGGAGCCUCCAACACUGAUCAGCUCAUGGAGAAUAUAGGCGCAAUACAGGUCCUCCCGAAGUUAUCCUCCUCCAUCGUGCACGAAGUGGACAGCAUACUGGGCAACAAACCCUACAGUAAAAAGGACUACCGCUCCUAGUGCGCGGGGGAGACCAGGGGCCACCCUGCCCCGACCUUUGCCUGUUCCUCUGUUUGCUUGAGCUUUUACUGAAUGAGUAAGCGGCGCAUGAGACUGGCAGGCACCCCCUGACACUUGAGGGGGGUAAGCCUUUUAGAAAAAUACAGGGCAAGACAACAAAUAAGAAAAAAAAAAACAAAAAAAAAAAACACACAGAAGAGAAAAAAAAAAACCUAGAGAGUAAGUGUUAUUCACAGAGAAAAGGAACGAGCCACACCUUGCUGGUGGGAAUCUGAGCUCAUAGAGUAAAGUGUUAUCCAACUCUGCAGAAAAAUAAAACACGUCAUUUAAAAAAAAAAAAAAACGAAGUUAAAAAAGACAAAGAAAAAAAUAGCACACGCUUGCUUGGCUGUCGGAAAAUACUCUGUUUUCCUCUUCGCAGUUACGAUUUUUCUUUUGUUUGUUUAAUUUUAUGUUUUUGUUCUAUCAGUUUUGAUACUGAAUGCAAGUUAAUAAUUGACUAGUUAUUAUAGGUAAUCAAUUCAGAUUCGUCGCACAUCUCCCAUAGCCGCUCGCGAGGGUUCGCUUGUUCAUUUCCGCUUGUUUCGCGGACAUCAUUCGUUAACCUUUCACCUUUCGUAAAAACCUUUCACUGUGUCGUCUGCGUCAUGAUUGCACGUGCCCCUUCUUCGCAGAUGAGCCAAUCAGCACUUUAGGAGUAUGUGUGAGGGAGUGGCUAUGGGAGGCACUGAUGUUGUUCUAUAAGAUGUUGUAUAUGAGCAGGGAAGGGAGGUGAAUAGCGUCUGUGUUCUGCUUUUUUUUGUUUUUUAGCACAGGGCAUUGUCUUCGUGUUGUUUGUUUGCUUGUUUGUUCCCUGCUGACUGGCCUACAGCACAGUUACGGCUCCAAUAGUAGAGAUUGGCAGGGCUUUCUCAUCGGGCUGCAGGAGAUCAGAUGGUUAAACUGAGGUGCUGCUGCAGAUUUGGACUUGAUGUUUGAUUUUUUUUUUCUCAAUCAUUGAUUUGCAGUAUCUGAUUUGAUAACGUGACUAAAUUCACUAAAAAAAAUUAACCUAAACCCAAAAUAAUCUGUUUGACAUUGUGCUGGAGUAGAGAGUGGAGAUCUGCUGUGUAGCAGCCCUGCAGUUAACGUCGCCUGCAGCCUAUUAGAGCACACACCCACUGGCGGAGGAUCGUAGCCAGUAAACGCAUAGACUGUUCAAUGGCAUUAGCUUGCCUGCCCCUUAGGAGCAUAGUAAGUAAGCGUAGAUUGGUUUGUGUCAGCAGCUCAGGGACUGGUACAGAAUGUGUGUGUGUGUGUGUUUCCGAGUGUGUGAGAAGCUGUGCAUGCGUUGUCAUCGUAGUUGUGCGCGGUCAGGAGGCAGAACUCACUGUCUAAACGUCUCUCUCUCUCUCUCUCUCUCACUUCUGGACACUGGACAUAACUGUUGAGAACCAGUGACAUUACAUGUGGCUAAAGCCAAAGAUAUAUCCCACUUCUGCCUGCGAAAUUUCUCACCGCAUCUCCAGCUCCAUCUCAUCUAUCUAUCUAUCUCUGGAGGAGAGAUCUCAUUAAUCAGCAUGUAUUCCCAGGCUUCUAUCUAUGCUACGCCAUCUCUCCUUUCAUUCAUAUACUAUCUCUCUCUUUCUUUCUCUCUCUCUCUGGUCAAUCCGUCCGUCCUCUAGCGAUAGAACUACUACAUAUAUAUACAUAUGCAUCCUAUAUGUUAGGAAUGAUGAGCAGUCAUUAGAUUCUUUUCUUAAGAGAUCUUAUCUUAUUACAUUAAUCACAUUAUCUAGCAAAACAGAUCCAGAUUUAGAUCCACUCACUUAAUCUUUCUCAAACUGAUCCCUGUAAACCCUGGUAACCAAAGUUAAGCACAAGGGAAUUAACCAACUGAUUAACUAAAACUGCAUGAGGUCCAUUUAUUUUCUACUACUAAAGCAUGUCCGACCCUCAGCCAUUAAGAGACAGACACACUGUUCCACACUCGGGGAACGCUCUGCAUCAGCUUAGGACGUUUAUUUGGCUGACAAGCCUCCCACUCAAUUCUCACAUAAGGUCAAACUGAAACGAAGACAUCGAAGUCGUGAGCAUUAAGACUAAAGAUCGCUAAAUGUUCAAGGAGUGCAGUCUCAAAAACACAUCAGUAAAACUUUUUUUUUUCUUCUUCUUCUAAGACCGACAACUUAGGGAUGAACAUCCAGCAUAGAACUUAUAUAUUGUAAAGCGUUCUGUUACACACAGUAGUUACUGAAUGAUCUUAAGCUGCGUUCACAUCAGCAGUUAGAGAGGCCCAAAUCCGUAAUUUUUAAUCAAAUCCAGUCUCAUUAUUAGGCUCCUUUUAAUGCAUUUAUCUGACAUUUGUCUGAACAGUUUCUUUUUUCUUACACAGUAUCUCAUUAUUUUUAGAUACUAAUUCAUUAUUUUGAUAUAGUAGGUCAUUAUUUGGACAUAAGUUAUUUUGAAAGAAAAAAAAAACUUUUUUUCCUGAAAGCAAACACACUUGCUAUCUCAAAAUAAUAUAUUAGUAUCUCAAAAUAAUGAGAUGGCAGUUCACUUAAUAAUAAGAAAAACAUUUGGUGUGUUUUUUUUUUUUUUUGUUGUUUUUUAAUUAGGUGGAGGGAAUGGGCUUCCGUAUGUAUGGUAUGUAUUUGACCACGCCCUGCUUCUUUGUUUUGCAUCAAUAUUUAUUUUAAACUAUGCUUUUUAUUUUCCUUUGCCUAAUUCUUUCGGAAAUAGUGUUCCGAAAAGUGUUAAAAAAAUAUCUUUUGGGGGCUUAGGGUGGUCUAGUGGCCUAAAGCGCUGCCACUAUGAUAGGAGGUCGCUGGUUUGAAUCCUGGUCAUGCAGCUUGCCAUCAGCUGCCGGAGCCCUGAGAGAGCACAAUUGGCCUUGCUCUCUCUGGGUGGGUACAGUAGAUGGCGCUCUCUUUCCCCUCAUCACUCCUAAGGUGAUGUUGAUUAGCACAAGGCUGCGUCUGUGAGCCGUUGCGUUUUCCUCAGAGCGCGUUGUGAUGCUACUCAGCAAAAGAGGUGCUGAUUGACUUCACAUAUUGGAAGAGGCAUGUGCUUGUUCUCACCCUCCUUGUGUUGGGUCAUUGCUAGUGAUAGAGGGAGUACAGCUUUGAAAAAGAAAAAUAUAUAUUAUUAUUUUUUGCGGUUGGCAUGUGUGACUUUUAAUUUAGUUAGAACCGAGGUCAGAUAUCUCCCCAAAUAAUUGAGGUUUUUUACCUCGCUGUUCUCGCUUUACACUAAAAUCCUCCUUCAAUGCUGUCAUCGAUUUUCCCUCCUACUUAGCCAGUAUCUUCCUAUGAGUAAUAAUGUUAAUGUUAGCAGUGUGAAUGGUGAAGAACACACGGUCUAUGUUUGUCGCAAGGGAUAAAAAAAAAUGGAUUUGGGCCACUUUUACCUGCUUUGUGAACAUUUAACUUUAGAAAUCCAUUUGAUUCUCAUAUAAAACCAUAUUCAUAUUCACAAUCAGAACGAUUUGCACUUAAUCAGUUAUUUCUUUUGUGUUUAUUCCCCCAAAAAUAAUUGUUAAAAGGAAAUCAAGCAAGCCAAACUGAUUCAGUUCACUGAAGUCAGAUUGAAACUCCAUUCGGUGAAGAGUAAGAUCUGUUUGAGAAGCUAGUAGUAGUAUAAGUAUUAGGUUAGGUUAAGAUUUAGGCAUACGUUUUUAAAUGUCUGUUAGCUUAGUUGACGUAUCAUUGUUGAAGACGGUGCACAUCACUGUUUGCUGCUCCAUGCGGUAGGUACAGUUUAAUACUGUGUGUAGCGACUGUAUUUGAACUAGGAAAGCUUAAGCGAAGUUACGGCAGCGAAUGAUGCAUAGUAAAAAAAAAAAAUUAAUUGUAUUAAAAAAAAUAGAGCAGAUGUUUGUGUACGGGCUUUGGGUUAUUUCCUGAUGUUUUUCAUCUGUGAAGACAGUCUGCUGUUGUUUGUCUUGUUUAUUAUUAGUGCUUUUAUGGCGUCGCCCUGUUUCUGUGUUCGAGGUUUUCUCAGGAAGGAAGGGCAUUACUGUUCGUCGUCCUCGGUGAGAAAUUAGUUCAGCACUGAAAAGAUGUUCGUCGUGAGCUAGCACUUACGUUUGGUCGUGAGUUAGGAACUACGUUUGAAAACAUAUCAAUGUGAAGAGGCCGCGAGGUGCACAGCUAGCUACCAAUGGUACCAGCUUGCUGUUAAAUCGUCUCCCAAAGCUGAAAUGAGAGCGGGCAGUAUGAAAUGAGACCGUGACAGUACUUAACGCUUUAAGAGCUUUUUGACGUUGGUAAUACCCGGAGUGGUAUUUUAAUGAGAGCAUGGCUUGUUUUUUUUUUUUUUUUAUCCACCUCUCAUGUUAAUAUUUUAAUAUUUAUUACCUAACGCCACAGCAGUGUAACAGAAGAAGAGGGAUACAGCGCUGAUUCCUUGAAUAUAUCAAUAUCAUAAAUAUAUCUAUAUAUAUAUCAAUCAGACCUGUAUUAAAUAAAAAUAAAUACAGGAAGAGUGCUUAUAUCUAAGCAUCAUUCUUUAUUUCCCGAGAGAUUAUUUUUUAUGUUCAGUAUUUUAAGGAAAAGGGUGAGAAAAUAAUUUUAUUUUUUUACCAUUCUUCGUUGCCCUGAUUUGAUAAUGACAUGGAUGGUGGUUGUGGGGACGGUGGUUAUAAUUAUGAUGGUGGUGACGACAACGAGGAGCAAUUAUUUGCACUGAAUAUGCAUUUUGAAGAACUCUGUAUAAUGUAAAACAAUAGCAAGCUUACAUUUCCACCCUGCGUGGAGAGAUACUGUAUGUUGAGACAGAUAUCUGUAUAUAGUUUGACCUUUGUACAUAUAUACAUAUAACUGUUGUGAUCACUUUGGCCUUUUUUUAUUUUCAUUGACAGGCAUUGCUAAACUGCAUUGUGCUUGAAUCUGAAUUUAGACAUGUACAGCUUCAGUAUCUAUGAAAUGGAGAUUAUAAAAAUGAUAAAUACAA